AUGAAUGGUGGAGGGAUGGAGACCACUGUGGGUGGCGAGGCCACCGUGGGCGGCAGCGACCAGAGGAGGGACUCGCUAGGGACUGCGUGCUCGCCAGCACACCUCAUUAUCAAGGGCCUUGGAGGAAUUCAUUCAUGGCUUUUAGAUCACAGACCAGUUAUUCAAGGCGAAACCCGUUAUUUUGUGAAAGAAUUAGAAGAAAAACAUGGCAAGCAGCUACUGACUCAGUCUGUAGACUGCAAGAGAGGGAGAAGGAAAGGACAAAGAUUUAUAAUGACCGUUUACUAG